AUGACAGCGAUCCAUGACCUCAUUCCUCAGAUUGAUAGCAAUGUUCUGAUUGGUGUUCAACCACGUUUGUGCGAGCAGCUUCGUUCGAGUGCAGGUGCCAGCACAAGGACAGCAUGCGCUCAACUGUUGACGGUUUUGGCAUUGAGAGCGCCACAGUUGCUAAUGGACCAUCCCGCUCAAUGCGACAAAUUUUUCAAUGCACUCAUUGCCGGAACCAGGGAUCGGAACCCAUCUGUGAGGAAGCAUUUCGCCAGCGCCGUUUCAUACCUAGCAAAAUAUGCUUCUUCGACUUCCUUUGGCGCUUUGAUGAAAGCUUUAUCGAAAGACUUGUUGGGAGAAGAUGAAACUAUGAAACAGUCUGCGAAAUAUGUUCUCAAAAGUCUGUCGGCAAACUGUCCGGAGCUACUUGAAGGCUACUCAAAACUGGUCGUGCCCUGUAUUUUCCUAGAAAAGUGUCAGCCCGCUGCUGUUCGUCUUUAUCGAAAGGAAAUACUGACAUUUGUACUGGAUAUUCUUCAAAAUAAUGAUGUCUGGUCGGUUAGAGCACAAGCAGCUAGAAUGCUCACGGAAACUAUGGAGUGCCUCAAAGACAGAGUAGAAGGAAAAGAUGCAGCCGCAUUGCUCGGCUCUUUGAUGCCAUUAUUAUCUGGUCGACUUUGGACGGGUAAAGAACAUCUUGUGAAAGCAGUAGCUACUGUAUUUGCGAGUGCUGGUGACUCUCUGCGUAAUUGUUGGAGUGACAAGGAAAUGGAGGAGGCGUUCACCACUCUGAAAGGCCAAGCCUCUAAGAAGAAGAAGGAGUAUGCCGCUGCCGGUUUAUUAGCAUGUGGCACUUUUGCCCAAAGCAUGUCCUAUACAACAGCAGCAGACUGGUUAUUUGAGAAA